CCCGUCCCCGCCGCUGCUUGCGCGCGUGCGCACCUCGCCCUCCUCAAGGCCCCGUUCCUUUCCCGGCGCCCCGCGCGGCGCUGUCUCUAUGGCGGCGGGCUCCUGAGCGCGGCACGGCGGUACCGGCACCAUGCACAGCCUAGCCACGGCCGCGCCCGUGCCAACAGCACUGGCUCAGGUGGACCGUGAGAAGAUCUACCAAUGGAUCAACGAGCUGUCCAGCCCUGAGACGAGGGAGAAUGCACUGCUGGAGCUGAGCAAGAAGCGUGAGUCUGUGCCUGACCUUGCCCCUAUGCUGUGGCACUCGUUUGGCACGAUUGCAGCGCUCCUUCAGGAAAUUGUAAAUAUUUAUCCAUCAAUCAACCCUCCAACCUUGACAGCCCAUCAGUCCAACAGAGUAUGCAAUGCUUUAGCUCUGUUGCAGUGUGUCGCAUCUCAUCCUGAAACAAGGUCAGCAUUUUUGGCAGCUCACAUCCCUCUGUUCCUGUACCCCUUCUUGCACACAGUUAGCAAGACACGUCCGUUUGAGUACCUGCGGCUCACAAGCCUUGGAGUGAUUGGAGCCCUGGUGAAAACUGAUGAGCAAGAAGUGAUAAACUUCUUACUGACAACAGAAAUUAUUCCCCUGUGCUUACGCAUUAUGGAAUCUGGCAGUGAACUCUCCAAGACGGUUGCUACAUUUAUUCUGCAGAAAAUCCUUCUGGAUGACACAGGGCUGGCAUACAUCUGUCAAACAUAUGAGCGGUUUUCCCAUGUUGCCAUGAUACUGGGUAAGAUGGUCCUGCAGCUCUCCAAGGAGCCGUCGGCACGGCUGCUGAAACACGUCGUCCGCUGUUACCUUCGCCUUUCUGAUAACCCCAGAUGUAGGGCACGUGAAGCUCUCAGGCAGUGCCUUCCUGACCAACUGAAGGACACCACCUUCGCCCAGGUCCUGAAGGAUGACACCACCACAAAGCGCUGGCUGGCUCAGCUCGUCAAGAACCUGCAAGAGGGUCAGGUCACUGACCCACGGGGCAUCCCCCUUCCUCCGCAAUGACUGCUGGGGGAGGUGGGAGAUCGGGGAAGAAACAGCUCAGGUUUACAAAGAACUAGGAACAGAUGACCUCUUCUGUAGCAAACUGGGCAUGCUAGCUGACUUUCAGUCUGCCAGCUUGUUGGACCAUUCCACCCAGCCAAAGGCUGCUCUGUAGCAAUGCAGCAUGCCUCUGGGGAUCACAACACCAGCAGAUACUGAUACCAUAGCUUAAAAAAAAAAACAAACAAAAAAACAAAAAUAAUCUGUAAAGAUCCCCAUCUCUCCAGGAGGCUUGGCUGGCAUCUGUCCCUGCAUCAGCAGGCAGGGGAUAGUGCAGACGUCCGCUCGUCCAGCUAGCUCAGACUUCACGUAAAUAGUGUGUGACGAUGGGUGUGUGCCACAACCCUCCAGUUCCUUGUCACUUCUUGUUUACACGUCUGCUUAGAUGAGUGAGCUGAGUAAAAGCUGAUCCAGUUGUUUAAUCCCCUGUCCAGACUGCUGCUCAGCUGCAGGUAGCCUGGGGGCGGCUUUCUUCCCUGUAGGCACAUCCUUGCUGUUCAUCCAUCCAGCUAGCACAGCAGGCUUCUCUUUUCCUUUCCUUUGGCAGGAAGGCAGCAGCUGGAGCUGGGCACUGUAGUGCUUGCCCCAUGAGGAGGGGUAGAUUACUUGCCAUGAACCUGUGUGUCGUCAGCUUGGUUCCCAGGGCUCUGGGGGGAGGAGAAGACAGCAAGCCUGUGGUUCCUGUGCUGUAAAUAGUGCACUUCUCCUGCUCCUGCGGCUACUGACGCAGCACUAAGCAGCAGCUGAGGGCUGGUGCAUGCUGGCCACUGAUUUAGCAGAGCUCUUGCCCAGCAGAGCUGCUGCCUGGCUUGCCCGGUGAUCAGCAGGCCACUACUGCCAGUCCCCUACUGCCGGACAGCGGGGAGCUGCAUCCUGCAGGCUCCGGGUACACCAGCUCCCACGUCCCCCACUGUCUGCCAGGCACCUCAGUGCUGAUCACAUGCCUCCCAGCUCAGCCCUGCCAUCCGAGUGCAUCCAUUUCAGCUUUCAAACAUGCCUCGGCGUCUGCCUCCACCCUGCUGCAAUUAAACUGUCUGGACCGGCAGCCGCUUACCUGCCUUCCCUGCGUGGAGGGGUGGUGUGGCCCUGGCAGGCCGGGCUCUGGGAGGCAGCUGCAGAGCUCUGGGGCUGUGCUACAGCAGCCAGCUUUGCUGGGGCUUGGCUGCAGGCAAGCCCGGGCAGCCGCUCAUCCCCCUCCAGCAGCCCAUUUUGCUGAUUAUCCGCGGUGUUGUGCCAACAGUGUCUUAAAUCCCAUCUGGUUUCCCCUCCCUCUUCCCGUUGCAGCCUUUGCAUAACGAGGGCAGAGCCCAGCCUCUUCCUUGCCCUUGGGUCCCGUUUUAUAACCAUUGCCGCCUUUUUUUUCCUCCUCCUGACCCUGACCUUGACGGGGUGUGAAAACGCUUCUGUUUUUGUAAGUUUGGGUUAAUAAAUAAUAAAACCCCAGUCAGCACAGA